AUGGCAUCGUUCAGACUGGUGGGAUUUUUCUUGUGUCUUGUGGCAGUCUGCUUCGCCGAACCGGCGAGGUAUGACAACUACCGUGUCUACAAGCUGUCCAUCGAGCGGAUCGAACAGCUGGAGUUGCUUCAGCUGAUCGAGCAGAGUCCCGAUGGGUACGCCUUCCUGAGUGAUCCCGUGCACAUCAAUACGACCGUGAAGCUGGUCGUCCCCCCGCAUAAGGUGGCCGAGUUUGCGGAGUUGAACGAAAAGUUCUCGCUGAAGGCGGAAGUUGCCUUCGAGAACCUCCAGGCGGUGAUCGACCGGCAGUUGAAGGGACGCCGUGAAGUGUUCGGAUGGACUGCGUACCACACACUGGAGGAUAUCUAUGGCUGGUUGGACACGCUGAUCGAGCAGUACCCGAGUGUGGUGUCACCGAUCGUCGCCGGUCAAACGUACGAAGGGCGACAGAUUCGAGGAGUUAAGGUGUCGUACAAGGCGGGCAAUCCGGCCGUGUUCACCGAGGGAACCAUUCAUGCCCGUGAGUGGAUCAGUGCGGCUACCGUGACGUUCGUGCUGAACGAGCUGCUUACUUCGGUCGAUCCAGCUGUGCGAAACAUCGCCGAGAACUACGAUUGGUACGUGGUACCCGUGGCCAACCCGGAUGGGUACGUGUACACCCACACCACGACCCGUCUGUGGCGCAAGACUCGCUCGCAGCAGAACGUACUCUGCUUCGGUGCCGACCCCAACCGCAACUGGGACUUUAUGUUCAACCAGGGCGGAACCUCUACUCUACCCUGCUCCGAUACCUUCUCCGGACCUUAUCCAUUUUCGGAGAUCGAGACGCUCACGCUAUCGCAGUACAUCAACACCAUUCCGAACCUAUCCACCUAUCUGGACUUCCACUCAUCCGGUCAGCUGCUGAUGGUGCCCUACGGACACACUCGCGAGCCGCUCGAUAACUACAACGAAUUGAUGGAAAUUGGACGAAAGGCCAUCGCCAAACUGCAAGAACGUCACGGAAGCGUUUAUCAGGUGGGAAACAUCGCGGAAAUCAUUUACGUCGCCUCCGGUAGUAGCUUGGAUUGGGUGAAGGGAACAUUGAAGACCCCGCUGACAUUCGCCUAUGAGCUGCGUGAUAGGGGCGAGUACGGAUUUCUGCUGCCCCCGGAUCAGAUCAUCGCCACCGCCGAGGAAACCCUCGACUCGAUCAUCGUGAUCUUGGAGGAAGGCAAAGCCAUGGGCUAUCACUACAUGAAGUUUGCUCUGGUGUACCUCGCACUAGCUCUGCUGUGUGGUGCUGCUGUGGCCGAGAAGGCACGUUACGAUAACUACCGCGUGUACCGCGUGCGUAUCGAAACCGACCGUCAGUUGGAAUUGUUGAAGGCGCUCGAACAAAACCCCGAUGGCUAUCGGUUCUGGGAUGAACCGGUAAAGGUAGGCACCCAGGUCCUGCUGGUGGUUCCGCCCCAUCAGCGUGGCCACUUUGGUGAGAUUCGUGCCAAACUGGCGUUCCGUGCGGAGCUGCACAUCGCCGACCUGCAGAAGCAGAUCGACCUCGAGUCCCGGACGUCGCUGCGCAAGGAAUCUUUCGGCUGGACCGCGUACUAUCGUACCGAUGAGAUUUACGCCUGGCUGGACAGUCUGGUGGCGAGCUACCCCGGUGUUGUUUCACCACUGAACAUCGGCAACUCCUACGAGGGACGACCGAUCAAGGGUGUGAAGGUGUCGUACAAGGCGGGCAACAAGGCCGUCGUGAUGGAGAGUUUGAUCCACGCCCGCGAGUGGAUCAGUGGUGCUACUACGACUUAUGUGUUGAACCAGCUGCUUACCUCGACUGAUCCGAAGGUGCGCAACAUUGCCGAGAACUUUGACUGGUACUUCUUCCCGGUGACGAACCCGGAUGGGUAUGAGUACACCCACACCACCGAUCGUCAGUGGCGUAAGACGCGAUCGGAGGUGAGUAUCCUGUGCCGUGGAGCCGACCCGAAUAGGAACUGGGGAUACAACUUCAUGCAGGGUGGUGCCUCUAAUGUCCCAUGCUCCGAUACCUUCGCUGGGCCGAGCGCGUUCUCUGAAGUCGAGACCCUCCAACUGUCGAACUUCAUUGCCACACUGGACAACAUGAGCACUUAUUUGUCGUUCCACGCAUACUCUCAGCUGUUACUGAUUCCGUACGGUCACACCACGGCUCGGCUGGACAAUUACGACGAAGCGAUUGCUAUCGGUACGAAGGCAAUCAACAAGCUGCAGGAGCGCUACGGCACGACAUACAAAAUUGGCAAUAUUGCUGAAGCAAUCUACGUCGCGUCCGGUGGUAGCAUCGAUUGGGUGAAAGGUGUGCUCCGUACUCCGCUGGUCUACUGUUACGAACUACGCGAUCUUGGCCGAUAUGGAUUCGUGCUGCCCCCGGAUCAGAUCAUCCCCACUGCCGAGGAAACGCUUGACUCAAUCAUCGUGAUCUUGGAAGAAGGACAAGCCGCGGGCAUUCACUAACCUGAGAGCUACUUAAAAUGUUUGUUUAU